CAUUCUCAGGAGUCCGAGUCUCACCUAAAAAAACAAAUCAACAGAGAGAGAAGGAGAUCCUCCUGCUUGGUCUUCCUCAUCCGCUGAGCUUACCUACUCCAAUCCAUGGCGUCUUCUUCUCCGUUGGGCUCCGUGAAGAUUUCGCCCUUCGAUCUCAUGUCGGCGAUCAUUAAGGGCAAGUCGGGGGUCGCCGACUCGGCCAACGCCUCCGCAUACGAGUCCUUCGCCGCCGAGUUCUCCGCCAUUCUCUUCGAGAACAAGGAUUUCAAGGCGCUUCUCACCACCUCUGUCGCCGUCCUCAUCGGCUGCGUCAUCGUGCUCGUGUGGCGGAGAUCCGGCGGCAACAAGCCCAAGCUCGUUGAGCCUCCGAAGCCGUUAGUAAUCAAGCGUCGCGAGGAGGAGGUCGACGACGGGAGAAAGAAGGUCACUAUCUUCUUCGGCACUCAGACAGGAACCGCGGAAGGAUUUGCUAAGGCACUUGCCGAGGAAGCUAGGGCGAGAUAUGAGAAGGCCAGAUUCAAAAUCGUUGAUUUGGAAGAUUAUGCUGCGGAUGAUGAUGAGUACGCGGAGAAAUUGAAGAAGGAAAAACUCGCUUUCUUCUUCUUGGCCACAUACGGGGAUGGUGAGCCUACAGAUAAUGCAGCGAGAUUCUAUAAAUGGUUCACAGAGGGGGAUGACAAGGGAGAAUUGCUCAAGGACAUGAAAUACGGAGUCUUUGGGUUGGGCAACAGACAGUAUGAGCAUUUCAACAAGAUCGCCAAGGUAGUAGAUGAGAUGCUUGCUGAACAAGGUGCCGAGCGUCUUGCACCUGUGGGUCUCGGAGAUGAUGACCAAUGUAUCGAGGAUGACUUCACUGCAUGGCGUGAAUCGUUAUGGCCGGAGUUGGAUAAGUUGCUUAGGGAUGAGGGUGAUGUAGCUGUUACUACACCUUACACCGCAGCUGUGUUGGAAUACAGAGUUUCCGUUUAUGACUCUGAAGAUGGAAAACUGGAGGAGAAGAACUUGGCCAAUGGGAAUGGGCAUACUGUUUAUGAUGCUCAACAUCCAUACAGGGCUAAUGUUUCUGUAAAGAAGGAGCUUCAUACUACCGAGUCUGACCGUUCUUGCACCCAUUUGGAAUUGGACAUCGCUGGGACAGGACUCUCGUAUGAAGCCGGAGAUCAUGUUGGUGUGUACAGUCAGAACUCAAGCGAAACUGUGGAGGAAGCACUUAGGUUACUGGGUAUGUCAGGCGAUAUUUAUUUCGCCCUCCAUACCGAAAAAGAGGACGGAACACCGAUCACUGGCAGUGCACUUCCUCCUCCAUUCCCGCCUUGCUCUUUGAGGACAGCCCUGACUCGUUACACAUGUCUUCUGAGUUCUCCGAAGAAGUCUGCAUUACUUGCUUUGGCCGCUAAUGCUUCUGAUCCAACCGAAGCUGAGAGAUUAAGACACCUUGCAUCACCUGCUGGGAAGGACGAGUACGCGAAAUGGAUAGUGGAAAGUCAGAGAAGUCUCCUCGAGGUGAUGGCUGAGUUUCCUUCAGCCAAGCCUCCCCUCGGUGUAUUCUUUGCUGCCGUUGCUCCGAGGUUGCAGCCUAGGUUCUAUUCGAUCUCUUCAUCUCCAAAGAUCGCACCGUCAAGAAUUCAUGUCACAUGUGCUCUGGUUCUCGAUAAGAUGCCAACUGGAAGGAUUCACAAGGGCGUUUGCUCGACUUGGAUGAAGAAUGCUGUGCCAUUGGAGAAAAGCGAGAACUGCUGCUGGGCGCCCAUUUUUGUGAGGCAGUCCAACUUCAAACUUCCUUCAGAUGCUAAUGUACCAAUCAUCAUGAUCGGUCCUGGGACUGGGUUGGCUCCCUUCAGGGGUUUUCUUCAGGAAAGACUUGCCCUGAAAGAGUCCGGGGUUGAACUCGGACCAUCCAUUCUCUUCUUUGGUUGCAGAAACCGUAGGAUGGAUUUCAUAUACGAGGACGAGCUCCAGAGAUUCGUCGAGAGUGGUGCUCUCUCAGAGCUCGUUGUUGCAUUCUCGCGCGAAGGACCCACCAAAGAAUACGUCCAGCACAAGAUGAUUGACAAGGCCUCGGACAUCUGGAACAUGAUUUCUCAGGGAGCGUAUCUAUACGUAUGUGGUGACGCCAAAGGCAUGGCAAGAGAUGUUCAUCGAGCACUCCACACUAUAGUUCAAGAACAGGGUUCUAUGGACGGCUCUAAAGCAGAGAGCUUUGUCAAGAAUCUGCAGACGAGUGGAAGAUAUCUUCGUGAUGUUUGGUAAUAUCAAGCAUUUUUACAACACACUGAGGCAUUAUACAAAGAAAAAACCAAAACGUCGAAGGAAAAGCUCCUCCCGUUUCUUUCUUUUAUAAGCUUUAGUAAUCCUUUUUUCCCAUAUAUUUUUGUUUAUAUAUUUUGAGAGAAGUUCAUAUUUAGCUUUGUUAUUAUUAUUUUAAUUAUUAUAGUUAUGCAAGUAUAUUGUAUGUGCCCUUUUGUAUAAGACUGCAAAGAGGACAUAUCUUGUGUCCCCUUUUUCUGGAAUGCCAAGUGUAUUUCUGUAUA